UUACUUGCUUGGUUGCCUCUAAAUUUCGAGAAUGCAGUUCAUAGUUUUCGUCCUGAUCCUGUUCUAUAUCCAUGGAGUAACUAGUAACCUUUAUUGGGAAAACUAUUUAAGGGAAAAAGCUAUUUGCCAUCUGCCGGUACAUUAUGGAAAUUGUAGAACAAAAGUUGCAGCUUGGUACUACAAUCCUAAACAGAAAGCAUGUAUCCGAUUUAUGUAUGCUCUAUGUGAAGGCAAUAGGAAUCGAUUCGCUACACGAGAAGAUUGCGAGAAGUUUUGUCUGAAGGAAUGGUUGAAAUAGAAUUGCUUUGAAGGUGCAAAAUCUGGAUGCCUUUAUUACAAAUACCAUGGAUCCAAACAGCAUUAUUUUCAAAGAUUGUUAACGUAUAACGUCUAUACAAAUUGUGUUUUUUUAA